UAUAUCGCGUGUGGUUUGGUUUCAUUUAACAUUUUUGUUAAAAAUACAUUAAUUUAUAGGAAUUUCAUACAAUUCAAAAGCCGGUUACUGUACAUAAUCCAAAUGCCGAAAUCAAGGCGAGAUAAAAAAGUUUCGUUAACCAAAACGGAACGGAAGGGUCUGUCCAACAAGCAGCAGAUCAUCGAAGACAUCCAGGCGUGCCGGCAGAAGUAUGCAAACAUAUUCCUCUUCUCGGUUCAAAACAUGCGAAACAGCAAACUUAAGGACAUCCGAACGGCAUGGAAAAACUCGCGCUUUUUCUUCGGCAAAAACCGGGUAAUGCAACUGGGGCUGAACUUUGUCAGCGAGGACGGUGACGAUGAUCCGAAGCUUGGCAAAGACUUGGACCAGCUGCGGGAGCAGAUGGUCGGUCAGUGCGGGCUGUUGUUCACAUCGGAAACCAAGGAAACCGUACUGGAUUGGUUCGACUCGUACUCGGCGGACGAGUUUGCUCGCAGUGGUUUCCGGGCUUCAAAGACGGUGCGUUUGAAGGAAGGUCCGUUGGAAGAUUUUUCCCACGCUAUCGAGCCACAUCUUCGUUCCCUCGGAAUGCCAACCAAACUGGAUCGGGGGAUAGUAACGCUGUACAAGGAUUUUACCGUUUGCGAGAAAGGUAAGGUACUAACACCGGAGCAGGCUCGAAUGCUAAAGCUUCUGGGAAAACCUCUGGCAAAGUUUAAAGUCGUCAUCAAUUGCUGUUACACCAAGGAGAAUGGGUUCGAGGAAAUUAAAAAGCGGGAUAUUGAGGUGACAAAAAAGACGAAAAAAGUCUUGGAUAAGAAACCCACCAAAAAGCAGCAGGCAGCUGCUGCUAUGGUGGAGGACGAUGAAGAUGAAGAUAUGAGUGAGGAUGAGGAUGAUGAUGAUGACGAUGAAGAAAUGGAACUUGAUGAGGACGAUGAUGAAAGUGACGAGGAAGAUGAUUAGUUAAGCUGGUUAAGUUUAGUUUUAGGCACGUAAA